GUUGCUGGAAUGGGGUUUUCGGGAGGCGUGGCGCGCGAGUGAGUGGCAGAGCCGGGACAGGGAGCGAAGAGCUUGCCCGCCUUGAAUAACAACACUAGCUCAGAUUGGAAGCUGCCAAGAGGCUCACUGCAUCUCUUCUCCAAAAAAAUUUAAAUGGACAUAGGUGGCUCAAUGUCGCAGUUUCAGAACUCGUGGGAAUUAUACCAGCAGAGUAUACAAAAUGACCUGGAUAUUGAAAUGGAGACCAUGGCACCUUGCUCAGCAUUUCCGGAUCCAGCCAGUGACUUUGACAGGAACAUUCCACGUAUCUGUGGUGUUUGUGGAGACAAAGCUACUGGCUUUCAUUUUAAUGCUAUGACCUGCGAAGGCUGCAAAGGAUUUUUUAGGAGGAGCAUGAAAAGGAAAGCGAUGUUCACAUGUCCUUUCAAUGGCGAUUGUAAAAUCACCAAAGAUAACCGGCGACACUGUCAAGCCUGCCGGCUGAAGCGCUGCGUCGACAUAGGCAUGAUGAAAGAGUUUAUUCUGACAGAUGAAGAGGUUCAGAGGAAAAGAGAGAUGAUAAUGAAGAGGAAGGAAGAGGAAGCCCUGAAAGAGAGCCUAAAGCCCAAAUUGUUGGAGGAGCAACAGCGGACCAUCGAUAUCCUCCUGGAAGCCCACCGCAAGACCUAUGAUUCCACGUACUCUGAUUUCAACCAAUUCCGGCCUCCUGUGAGACUUGAUUCAGGCAGAAGAAGCACAAGCAGAUCUUCCUCUCUUAUGUCUCAAGGUUUCUCUUCCUCAGAAGACUCUUCAGACACUUUCAGCUCCUCCCCAGAGCCCAGGAUGUUAUCGAGUGUGGAACUCAGUGAUGACAGCGAUGAAAGUGCAACCAUGUCCAUGGACUUCUCACACCUCUCUAUGCUGCCUCACGUGGCCGACCUUGUUAGCUACAGCAUCCAAAAAGUGAUUGGAUUUGCAAAAAUGAUUCCAGGGUUCAAAGAUCUAACAGCGGAGGACCAGAUUGCUCUACUGAAAUCCAGCGUCAUUGAAGUAAUUAUGCUCCGUUCAAAUCAGUCAUUUUCACUGGACGAUAUGUCCUGGACCUGUGGCAGCAAUGACUUCAAAUACAAAAUCAGCGAUGUCACUCAAGCUGGCCAUAGCCUGGACUUGCUUGAGCCCCUUGUUAAAUUUCAGAUCAACCUGAAGAAGCUGAACCUGCAUGAAGAAGAACAUGUUCUCCUCAUGGCCAUCUGCAUCCUUUCUCCUGACCGCCCUGGCGUUCAGGACACUGCUCUGGUGGAGUCCAUCCAAGAUCAUCUUUCGGCCAUCCUGCAGACAUACAUUCUCUGCCGACACCCUCCUCCAGGCAACCGCUUGCUAUAUCCCAAGAUGAUCCAGAAACUUGCAGACCUCCGGAGCCUGAACGAGGAGCAUUCCAAGCAAUAUCGCUGCCUCUCCUUUCUUCCUGAGCACAGCAUGCAGCUCACUCCGCUGGUCCUUGAAGUCUUUGGCAAUGAGAUCUCCUGACUCUGUGACUGGGAAUGAAAUGUGUUGAAAUAAAGGGAGAAGUCAGCCCAGCUUCCCGCUGGUGGCAAACUGAGAGCUUUGGCCCAAGUUGAAGUUUUGUAUAUUCUGUCGGCAAGAGUUUUGAUUUUUUUUUCUUUCCACACUACCAGAGGGACUGCAUUGUUUGUCUAUCUUCAGCCUCAUAUUUUGCAUUGCUGCUGAGCAGCAAUUCGCAAGCUAGCCCCUUCUCUCCUGCCUAUCAAAACUAAAGAGCUUUCUCACUUGUUGCUUUGCCAUGAUGAAACCGCUUGUUGCUUUCUUCAAUGUUGAGUUUUUCAAGCCAGCAACUGAAAUGUCUGUGCUAUGUCUUGAAUGGAAGGUGAAUGGUUGAAUAACAGUUGGUGCAAUUUUAAGAUUUGUGAUGGAUUGGACAUGGGAUAUUCUUUCUUUUAACACGUUGAGAGCUUUCGGUUCAGAAUGACUGUAACAUGCAGGGAAGAGUAACGGAAGAGUAACUGUUCUUCUCGGUGCAAAAUGUCAACUCCCCUCACCUCUCAUGAUUUUGUGCCAAACCUCAGAGCUCUUCAGUACUAUAAAAAGUAUUUAUUAACCUAAGAAUAAACAGGAAAAACAUAGGCUGUGUACACAUUACCACCUUAAAACGCAGCUAGGUUGCUCUUUUGCUUAAUUUGGAUCGAGGGUGAUUUGGGGAGGAAAUGCAUCAAAAUGCAGGAGAGAUGGAUGAGAGAGAUGGAUUACAGAUAAUGUCGUAUGUACACCUCUUCCAAAACCAUUGGUGGGAGUGCAUUGGAUUACAGUUCACAGGAAUAAAUAACCUGUGUCUCUUUCUGACUUUUUUUUUUAGUGUGUAUAAACGUGCCUGGCACAUUGUUGUCACUAAAUAAAUUUGUAAUGGGAGGGAAAUUAUAUUUGACCUAACUGUGCCCUGGUGUAGACACACUGGGAGUUGAAUCCCUAUUAGCCAAAAGCCCUGCUUGGGACUCUUGUCCGGUUUGCAGCGUUAGUUCUUAUCCUGUUUCAAGCACGACCAGCUGCCAAGAGGGGUACAGAACUGGCUUCUCAACUAGCCAGCAGGCUUGAGUUUGUUCAGGAUCACUUUGGGUUACUUUGGAGUGGCAAGGGGGAAACCCCCUUUAUCAGGAUAAGCCACAUGCAAAGUGGCACCUAAAUAUCCCAGCCAUCAUAUUGAGAAGUACUCUGCAGAGGUGGUUUUCAGAUGUCUCCGUGCUGGAGCCAUAAUCAGCCCUUAGUAACACUCAGGGAAGCUGAAAUUAACAUUUCGUGAGUUUGACAACUCCUGGACUAUAUGACCUCUGGAAAAACAAAGCACAUGUGAGCUGUGUGCUGAAAAGGGAAGUAAUUCAUUGCCAAUAAUAAUUAAAUGGAAUAAUUUCAUUACAAAAACCUGCUUGGGAUAUUUAGUUGUAGCUUCAUUGGUCCCAAAGAAUCCAAAAGUAAGAUUGGAGGACACACAGCUAUUAAUUGUACAAAACAGAAAUGUAAAAUUAACUGUCAACAACAGAGAGAGAGCAAAGAUGAAUAUAGGCGUUCUCUCCUAGUCGCUUGAUAGAUAGUGGCCUAUUCAUCAAAUACGUACAAGUGUACUACUCUCUUCAAACACAUAGUGUACAUUCACCAAUGUGCUAUUGUAUUUGUGUGUUUUUUUAAUUACUGCAAUAGCUGCAAUUUGCACACUGUAUGCACAGCUACAGAUUGUCACUUAAAAUGUCUGGUGAGAUGAUGAGAAUUCAGUUCCGUGAAUAAAGGAAGGUCACAUUGAA